AUGACUAAAUUAUGUGUCCAGACGACGACCAAAUCUUACACAUCCCUCUUAUUGAAGAAGUUGGGGGCUAUAUCGGCGAGACCAACCCCCGUCCAGAGGGUGAGAUUGACUAUGCUUUUUUUCUUUCAACCGUUAGUAAGAACAAUAACCAUCCUGGAUUGGCGAUGUCGUAUGUCCGAAGUGGAGAGAACAAUACGCAACCCUUCAGUUGGCCCCUUUCCGGCGAGUCCCCUUGAAAAAAUAGGCGGCCUGUUGAGUGGUGGCCUUAGCCGAGGGUCUCUACAGAUUAGCGCAGGAGCAGCUCGACGUAACACGGAAAUAGCGGACGGGCCUGACUUUUGUCCCUCGUCAUCGCUUCCUCAUCAUCUUGCAGUCUGUACUGGAGCCGUUGCCGUCACUAGAAUUCUUGGCGUGGUGCUAGCAGCUAAGUGGUUCGGGCUCCGAUUUACUUAG